UUCUUUCGGGGGCGUCCCUCCACUCCCAGGCCCCCGCCCGCGCCCGGCGUGGCGGCCCCCUCUCCCCGUGCGGGCGGGCGCCGGAACAGUGUCGCCGGCCGCCUGCAGGUGUCUCCCCACGGAGGGGCGCGCGUCCCUGCGCCGUGGCCGCUGCCAGGCGCCAGCGGCUCCUAGCCGAGGUGCACUCGCGCUCCGGGCUCCGGGCGCGCCGGAGCCUCUCCUCCACCGCCGCCCGCCCCGCCAGCCCGCCCCGCACGCCCCCCGCGCCGCGCCCCCACCCCGGGGUUGGGGGGGGGCAUGGGCCCGCGUCGCGUCCGCCGCCGCCGAUCGCGGGCACCCGAGCCCCGGGGCGCGGCGGGCAGCGGCCGCUGACGCGGGGCGCCAGCUGCCAACUUCGCGCGCAGAGCUCCCCGGCGGUGCAGUCCCGUCCCGGCGGCGCGGGCGGCAUGAAGACUAGCCGCCGCGGCCGAGCGCUCCUGGCCGUGGCCCUGAACCUGCUGGCGCUGCUGUUCGCCACCACCGCUUUCCUCACCACGCACUGGUGCCAGGGCACGCAGCGGGUCCCCAAGCCGGGCUGCGGCCAGGGCGGGCGCGCCAACUGCCCCAACUCGGGCGCCAACGCCACGGCCAACGGCACCGCCGCCCCCGCCGCCGCCGCCGCCGCCACCGCCUCGGGGAACGGCCCCCCUGGCGGCGCGCUCUACAGCUGGGAGACCGGCGACGACCGCUUCCUCUUCAGGAAUUUCCACACCGGCAUCUGGUACUCGUGCGAGGAGGAGCUCAGCGGGCUUGGUGAAAAAUGUCGCAGCUUCAUUGACCUGGCCCCGGCGUCGGAGAAAGGGGUCCUGUGGCUGUCUGUGGUCUCCGAGGUGCUGUACAUUCUGCUGCUGGUGGUUGGCUUCAGCCUCAUGUGUCUCGAGCUCUUCCACUCCAGCAAUGUCAUCGACGGGCUCAAGCUCAAUGCCUUCGCGGCUGUCUUCACGGUGCUCUCAGGCCUCCUGGGAAUGGUCGCCCACAUGAUGUACACGCAGGUGUUCCAGGUCACCGUGAGCCUCGGUCCUGAAGACUGGAGACCCCAUUCCUGGGACUACGGGUGGUCCUUCUGCCUGGCGUGGGGCUCCUUUACCUGCUGCAUGGCAGCCUCUGUCACCACGCUCAACUCCUACACCAAGACGGUCAUUGAGUUCCGGCACAAGCGCAAGGUCUUUGAGCAGGGCUACCGGGAAGAGCCGACCUUCAUAGACCCUGAGGCCAUCAAGUACUUCCGGGAGAGGAUGGAGAAGAGGGACGGGAGCGAGGAGGACUUUCACUUAGACUGCCGCCACGAGAGAUACCCUGCCCGACACCAGCCACACAUGGCGGAUUCCUGGCCCCGGAGCUCCGCACAGGAAGCACCAGAGCUGAACCGACAGUGCUGGGUCUUGGGGCACUGGGUGUGACCAAGACCUCAACCUGGCCCGCGGACCUCAGGCCAUUGCUGGCACCAGCCCCUGCUGCAAGACCACCAGAGUGGUGCCCCCAGAACCCUGGCCUGUGUGCCGUGAACUCAGUCAGCCUGCGUGGGAGAUGCCAGGCCUGUCCUGCCCAUCGCUGCCUGGGUCCCAGGGCCUUGGAAAUGGGGCCAGGGCAGGCCCAAGGGAAUGCACAGGGCUGCACAGAGUGACUUUGGGACAGCAGCCCCGGACUCUUGCCAUCAUCACAUGAGCCCUGCUGGGCACAGCUGCGAUGCCAGGAGACACAUGGCCACUGGCCACUGAAUGGCUGGCACCCACAAGCCAGUCAGGUGCCCAGAGGGGCAGAGCCCUAUGGGGGGCAGAGAGUGGCUUCCUGAAGGAGGGGGCAGUGGUGCAGGCACUGCAGGGGUGUCACACAGCAGGCACACAGCAGGGGCUCAAUAAAUGCUUGUUGAACUUGUUUUCUUGCGGUGUAUGGAGGCCAGUUGCUCUCUGGGCUGUGGCUGCCCUGUCAUUGCCCCACCCCAUUACUCCUCAAGGAGGCUGAAGGUGACAGCAGAGACUGUGCAGAGGCCAGGGCCAGACACUGCAGGGUGGCAGGGAGGGAGCACAGAGCCCAGGCUGGACACAGGCUGGCAGGGCUGCCUUGGAUUCCAGAGAGUGGGCAAGGCAGGGGCCAGGCAAACAAGAGAUGUGGGGCGAGCAAGAAGUGGGCCCCCAAACCCAAGCCCUAAGCAGGGAGGGUGAAGAAGCCACAUUUCUCUUCAGAGCUCAGCAACAUCACACCACCCUGACCCUGAGGAGCCUUUACCCUGUGCCUAGCACCACCUUUACAGAAAAUCCCAGGGCUUAGAUGCCUGGAGAAACAGAUUCCUAUUAUAAAGAGGAGGGAAAUUAGGGUCACAGAGAUGAAUGAAGUAACUUGCCUGAGAUUACAGAGCUAGCAAAUGGCAGAGAUGGGGUUUGAAUCAGGACUCCUGACUCCAAGUUCAGUCAUUUCCCAAGAGGCCUUAUUCCUUCCCAGAAGAAUUUCUAGAGCUUUUCCCCACGUAGAAUACAUUCUUCUCCUUUAUCCUUCCAUCCUUCCAUCCAUCAUCCAUCACUCAUCCAGCCAUUAUCCAUUAUCCAUCCAUCCAUUCAUCAUUCGUCCCUCCAUCUAUCAUUCGUCCAUCUAUUAUCCACCCAUUCAUCAUCUAUUAUCCUUCCAUCAUUCAUCAUCCAUCCAUCAUUCAUAAUUCAUCUUUCCACUCAUCCAUCCAUCAUUCAUUCAUCCAUCCUUCCAUCCAUCCAUCAUCUAUCCAUUCAUCCAUCCAUUUGCCAUCCAUCCACUCAUUCAUCAGCUAUCCAUCAUCUAUCCAUCCAUCCAUCCAUCCAUCCAGCAUCUAUCACUCAUCCAGCUAUUGUCCAUUAUCCAUUCAUCCAUUUGUCAUUCAUCCCUCCAUCAUCAUUAAUCCAUUAUCCACCCACUCAUCAUCUAUUAUCCGUCUAUCGUCCAUCAUCCAUCCAUCCUUCAUCAUCCAUCCAUCCAUCCUUCAUCCAUCCAUCCACCCAUCCAUCCAUCCAUCUGUCCAUCCAUUAUCUAUCCAUUCAUCCAUCCAUUCAUCAUCCACCCACCUAUUCAUCAGCUAUCUAUCCAUCAUCCAUCCAUCCAUCAUCCAUCCAUCCAUCCAUCCAUCCAUCCAUCAUCUAUCCAUUCAUUGUCUAUGCUUUCAUCCAUCCAUUCAUCAUCCAUCCACCCAUUCGUUAGCUAUUUAUCCAUUAUCCAUUCCUCCAUCUUUCCAUCAUCCGUUCAUCCCUUAUCCAUUCAACCAUUAUGCAUUUCUUCAUUUAUCCAUUAUUUAUCCUUCCAUCCAUCAUCCAUCAUCUUUCCAUCCACUAUCUAUCCAUUCAUCCGUCUAUCCAUCAUCCAUCCAUCCUUUAUCCAUCAUUCAUCAGCCAUCAUCCCUCCAUCUAUCCAUUAUCCAUCAUCCACUCAUCCAUUCAUCCCUCCAUCUGCCCAUUAUCCAUCAACCAUCUAUCCAUCCAUUAUCCGUCAUCCACACAUCCAUUCAUCCCUCCAUCUGCCCAUUAUCCAUCAACCAUCCAUUAUCCAUUUCUGCAUUAUCCAUUUAUUCUUUAUCCAUUUCUUCAUCUAUUCAUCAUCUAUCCAUCCAUUAUCCACACACCUAUCAUCCAUCCAUUCCUUCAUCUAUCCAUCAUCCAUCAAUUAUCCAUCCAUUCAUCCAUCCAUCUAUCCAUCUUCUAUUGAUUGCUUGUCUUCCUUCCUUGUAUCAGACUUCCAUCCAUCCUCCUUCCAUGCGUCACACAUCCUCAUUACUCAACCAUCCAGCUGUGCAUCCAUCUAUUCACUGAUAUAGUUCACUGUGCCCCUACUAUGUGCCAAGCACUGUGGUAGGCACUUGAGGUGGGAUGCUGGAGCAUCCAGAGAGGGCAUCUAUUGUCGUGAGCCUGGGUUCAGAUUCCACCUUCUCCACUUGUGACCUUGGGCGAGUUACUUGACCUUUCUGUGCCUGUUUCCUCAUCCAUUAAAUCCAGAUAAUCAUUAUACCUACCUCUUCAAGCUGUUGUGCAAAUUAAAUGAGCUAACAUAUUUGAAGUGUCUAGAACAGAGCCUGGCACAAGUAAACACUUUGUGGGUGUUUACUAACAGGACAACAAGGGGAAAUCAGGGCUGUGGGAGCUGUAGUCUAGGGAGGCUCCUUUGAGAAAAUGAUGUCUAAGCCAAGACAUGAAGAUUGUCUGGGCAUCAGCCAGGCAAGAGUAUAGCAGGGAAAGAAAGUACAUUAGAGGACUUUAAAAUAGUCCCAAUGGCAGGUGUGGAGAGCAGGGAGGUCAGGAGGCAGUUGUGGGAAAUUAGGCGUCAGAGGGCAGUGGAGCCAGGCCAGGAGGAACUGGAAACCUUCUUAGGGAGCUUAGAGUUUACCCUGGGGCAAUGGGGAGUGGGCAGUGGGAUGCUUUUAGCAGACUGGGAUGCACCUGGGUGUACAUUUGAGGAAGAUCACUGCAGCUAUGGGCACAGAAUAGUUGUGGGAGAUGGUUCUCCCUUCCUCAUCCCUCUUACACUCAAGAGAGAGAAGAAAGUGGGCUGGCUUAGGAAAGUUGCCCUGGGGAGGGGAACAUGCGGGCAGAUUCAGGAACCAAUUAGGAGGGAAUAGACUGAGUGGGAGAAGAGGAAAGUUGGUGACGACUCUCAGGUUACAGGGUCAGCUUGGGGGAUAGGGAAGACAGAGACUUCGUGGUUCAGAUGUCUUGAGUCUCAGGGGCUCAGGGGACAGCCAGCUGGAGGUUUGUGCUCAUUCAUUCAUGCAUUGAUUCAUCAAGCGAACAAUUUGUUAAUUCACUUUGCAUUCAUUCAGUAAAUAUUAAUGACCUACUAGGUGGGGCUUAAGGCGGGGCUGGAAAUGGGCCUGGGAGAGCAAUUAUGGUCCAGCUCUACUGAGGCCUUGAAUGUCAGAACAAGGAAUUUGGGCUUUGGCCUCAUGCAAGAGAGGGCGGCUGCCAUAUAUGGGCCUGGGCAGGGACAGAUCUGACAGGGAUCUAGCCCUGGCCACCAGGCAUCUAGGAGCUCUUGUUCUCACCCGGGGUCCUUCUGAAGUUGGUGAGUGGACCGCAGGAGGUCCAGGAGAUGAUUGUAGUUGACACAUGGGCAAAAUUUUAAUCUAUUUUAAUAGUUGUGUUUAUGUAAAUGUGUAUUAGAAAAAAAUGUACAGUGGGCACAUCAGUACUAUGACUUCACAGACGUUACUGCUUAGGAUGAAACCAAAAUAGGCAUUUAAGUAAAAGAAAAAAAGAGUUGGCUUAAAGAAAAAUAUUAAAUAAACAAUCGUGCAAGUGG